AUGAGUGCAGAGAACAGUUUUGGUCCGCAGAGAGCGGGCGUUUUCGACUUCACCAUCCUUUUCGAGCAAAGUAUCUUGUCUCUUCUCCCGACUGGUCUGUUCAUUUUGCUUGUGCCGGUGAGACUCUCUGUGCUUUGGAACAAUGAGAGGGCUACCAAAUCUAAACCUUUGCUAUGGGCAAAAAUGAUCAUGAUCGCCAUCUAUGCCUGCCUCCAAACCGCAUUGCUUGUCCUCUGGUGCCGACAAAACUCAACAAAAACAGCCAUCGCUGAGCCCGCCCUUGGCUUGAUCGAAUCAUUUGCGCUUGACGCUCUGUCGUUUGUCGAACACCGAAAUUCCAGGAAGCCAUCCAAGUUUAUCGGAGCAUUUCUCGUCAUAACCAUCAUCCUCGACGUUGCCCUCGUCCGAACCUUUUGGAUACGAUCGAUGCAAACUAUUGCAAGUGUUUUCACUGCCUCGUUUGUAACCAAGACGAUCCUCCUGGUCCUGGAGGAAACGCCGAAAUCGCCAUUCAGCGACAAGGAAAAGAUACACGAGACCGCAUCCGGAGUGAUCAACAGGAGUUUCUUCUGGUGGUUGAAUGGACUUUUCCUGCAAGGCCAUCGCACUAUUCUCGAGACCGAAGACUUACAGGCGAUAGACUCAAAGUUUGACACAGACAAUGUAUCCGCGCCGUUGGAGAAACAAUGGGAACGAGCCCGCAAUAGUGGCCAGCCCAGUCUCUUGAAAUCCACCUUCCUCGCUUACAAGUGGCAAUUCGCUGCCGGCAUCAUCCCUCGACUCCUUCACAGCGGCUUCAACUUUGCACAACCCUUCCUCAUACAAUCCGUUAUCGUGCUCGUCAGCAAGAAGGAAAUGUCGGUCCAGACGUCCAGCGGGCUAAUCGGAGCAACAGUCCUCAUCUACCUCGGCCUUGCCAUUUCUGGCGCCUGGCACAAACACAUGUCUUACCAACUGGUGACUAUGUACAGGGGUGGACUUGUGUCGUUGAUUUUCAAGAAGACACUCAAACUCAAGACCGCGUCCAUCAAAGACUCUGCACCUGUCACACUCAUGACGGCAGAUGUGGAGACGAUUGUUGCUGCAGGAGCCUCGGUCCAUGAUAUGUGGGCAAACAUGCUAGAGCUUCCUGUGGGGAUUUAUCUGCUUUAUCGUCAAGUUGGCAAGCCUAGCUUGCUUGUGCUGGUCCCAACCGUCAUCACAACGAUCCUCAGUGGCGUCAUUUCUCCAGCCAUGGAGCCAGCGACAGUGAAGUGGAAUGAAGCUGUUCAGAAGCGAGUUGGCGAAACAUCAAGCAUGCUCAAUCAGAUGAAAGGCAUCAAAAUGAUGGGCUUGACGGAUUUCUUUCUCAAACUGGUCCAGGACCUCAGAGUCCAAGAGCUCAAAGUGUCUGCCAAAUUCCGAUGGUUGCUCGUCUACUUUAAUGCCCUUGCCAUGAUCUCUGCCCAGUUGACUCCGGUGGUUGUCAUUAUGUCUGCAAUUUACUGGACCAAAGCAGAUGGAGGCCUGAGUGUCGCAGAAGCGUUCACAUCACUAUCUCUGAUUUCUGUUGUGAUCCAACCACUUAUCAUGAUUCUCGUCUCUUUGAUGCAGAUUGCGGGUGUUUUCGGGGGCUGUGGCAGGAUUCAAGCGUUUUUGCUCCUCGAUGAGCAGGUUGUUGCUAACGAGGCAGUCGAUGUUGAUGCCAUCACUAUGCAGAACGCCAGUUUUCAGACGCCCGACGGAAAUCCAUUGCUCACAAAUAUCAACCUCCGGAUCUUUCCGGGGACACUAAACAUGCUCAUUGGCAAGGUAGGCUGCGGGAAGUCAUCACUCUUGAAAGCGAUCAUCGGCGAGCUUAUACCAUCGGAGGGGACGGUCAAGACCGACGACUCUCUUGCGUAUUGCGACCAGGUACCAUGGCUCCGCAACACCACAAUUAGAGAAAACAUCGUUGGGUUGUCGCCGAGGGACGAAAAGUGGCUGUCGACAGUCCUUCAUGCUUGCGCUUUGGAAGAGGAUCUCCAUCAACUGCCCCAAGGCCAAGAGACAAUUGUUGGUUCUGGUGGAGUGGCGUUAAGUGGAGGCCAAAAGCAGCGGGUUGCCCUUGCACGAGCUGUGUACUCGCGAAAAAAGCUCAUCAUACUUGAUGAUGUGUUCAGCAGCCUUGACAAAACGACUGCAGAUGCAGUCUUCCAUCGCCUUCUAGGGGCUAAAGGGCUACUACGGUCGAGCACCGCUGUGUUGGUAACCAUUCACUAUCUGCCAUUCGCGGACUUUGUUACUGUGAUUGAAGAAGGCCGGGUCACUCGCAAUCAAGUUCGAUACUCUCAACUUGAAGCCACCGAAACUCUAAACACUAUCGCGCCAAUCGAAACUCCACAGCUUGUACAGAAAGACGUAGUUAAGUUUACUCCGAAGAAGGAAAUCGACUUGGCUCGGAAGACUGGGGAUACAGAUUGCUACAAGAUAUAUGUCAAGUCAAUGGGUUGGAAAGUGAUUAGCAUCAUCUUUCCAACUUCAGUGAUUGGCGCCGUGCUUGAAGCCAUGCCUCAAAUCUGGUUACGAAUUUGGACGGAGAAAGGUGAGGGCUCGAAGGAUGCUCACUAUGCUGGAGGUUAUAUAGGGCUAGUUGUUGCUUCAAUGGCCCUGGCACUCCUCAACAUUGACUACUUUCUCAUUGUCGGCGUCGAAAAGUCAUCAAUCAAUCUCCACGAGCAGCUUUUGAACUCUGUUUGCAGAUUCAGCCAGGACAUGACACUCAUCGAUAUGUCUCUUCCGCUGGCGUUCUACCUGACACUCGAUUUGACCUUGAGGUGUCUUGUUCAGGUUGGUGUGGUGGCCUCUGGAGCGAGCUACUUUGGCGCGUUUCUUCCUGUUUCAAUCUUGGCUCUAUAUCUCAUCCAAAAGUACUACCUGCGCACAUCUCGGCAAAUGCGACUCCUGGACCUGGAAGCCAAAACACCGCUCUACACACAAUUCACAGAGAUCACGGCUGGACUCGCAACUAUUCGCUCAUCUGGAUGGACAAACGAAUUUCUCGCUGAAAGCUUCCGCAUGCUGAACACCUCGCAAAAGCCUUUUUACCUAAUGUUUUGUAUUCAACGAUGGUUAGAACUAGUGCUCGACCUCUUCGUCGCUGGAAUGGCCAUCCUCCUGGUCACGAUUGCCCUGCGGAUUCCUGGCACCACUAGUGAGGGCGCGAUUGGGCUCGCCAUGGUGAACCUUCUGGGGCUCAAUAUGACACUAACAACGGUGAUUGAUCAAUGGACGACUCUCGAGACUUCACUCGGAGCUAUUGCCCGGCUGAAGUCUUUCAUCAGCGAUACCCCAAACGAGAACAAGUCGAGUGAAAUUGAAGUCCCAGACAACUGGCCUGGUGGUAGAAUCGUGUUUGAUGGAGUGACUGCAUCAUACAGUGGCGAUUCUCAACCUGUUCUCCGCGAUGUUUCGCUUGAUGUUGAAGCCGGGCAAAAGGUCUGCGUAUGUGGCCGUACUGGAAGUGGCAAAUCAUCUUUGAUACUUUCAAUUCUACGUUUGCUCGAGCUACAAUCAGGAAGCAUUUUUAUCGACGGCAAAGACCUCACAUCAAUACCUCGUCAACACAUCCGAUCCCAAAUCACAACAAUCCCUCAAGAUCCUGUAAGCCUUUCAGGCACAGUACGACAGAAUCUUGACCCAGAAGCACUCAUCCAAGCGGACGAAAUACUUAUUGAAGCUCUGAAAAAGACUACCCUAUGGGCAACCAUUGACACUCGCGGCGGACUCGAUGCUGAUCUCAGCGAACUUGGCUUUUCCGUCGGCCAGCGCCAAUUGUUUUGUCUCGCACGAGCCUUACUCUCACACUCAAAGAUCGUGCUACUUGAUGAACCAACCAGCAGUGUUGAUAACGCUACUGACAAAGACGUACGGCACAUCAUUCGAGAGGUCAUGCAAGGACGAACAGUGAUUGAAGUCACGCAUCGUCUCGAUUACGUGACAGACUUUGAUCUCGCCGUUGUCAUGAAGGAUGGGCGAGUCAUCGAGACUGGCGAUCCAAAGAAGUUACUCGCCCAAGACUCAGCGUUGAAGACGCUGCGGGGAUGA